AUGCAGCCAAUACUUCUGCGCCAAGCGGGCCCAACGCUGCAGCAGCUGGUGCAUGUCACGCUUGAGGUGGCGAGCACUGCAGUCGCCGUGGAGGAUGAAAUGACAAAACAGCAGCAGCGGCAGCAGCGGCGAGAAGCCAAGUGGUGCGACCAGAAUGCGGGGCCGCUGCGGGGCUUCACCACUUCAGCAUCCGCCCAGGCGCCCAGGUUGCAGGAGAAUCUCAAGGUUCCCAGGCGGCACAGCCUGUACACGCGGGAAAAUUACAGGGCCCUGAAGGAGCGAGCCUGGAACACCACCGCCUUCAAAUCACUGCUGCAGCCCCGCGCCCCCGCCUCCCGCGCCAGCGCCAGCGCCGCCGCGCAAGCCACGCGCGCCAUCCGCGAGUGCGCCUCGCUCGCCGACCUGCGGGCGGUCGUGCAGGCGCACGGCCACGAGUUCGACGCAGUCGCGGUCGCGGCCGCGAUCGGCCGCGUGCCACACGUCACGGGGGCGGGGCAGGAGGUGGGGGCGGAGCGGCUGCUCGACCGGCUGGUGCCGCGGCUCCUGCGGCUGCUGGACGGCGGCGAGGGUGAUGUCACGAGCAGCGGCGGUGACGUCACCGGGGGCGGCCUGACCCUGGGGGCGCGGGAGCUCACCAACGUGCUGUGGGCGGUGGCGAGGUCCAAAUACAGCCUCCAGCCGGGGGAGCUGGGGCGGCUGCAGGCCGCGCUGCUGCCGCGGCUCGCGGCGGCGUCGGCGCAGGAUUUGUCGGUGGCGGCGGUGGCGGCCGUGCAGCUCGCGCCCGACGACGAAGCGUUUUGGGGCGCGCUCGCGGCGCCCGCCGCCGCGGCGCUGCGCGCGGCGACGGCGGAGGCGGCGGCGGCCAAGAAGGCGGCGGCGGGUGCGGGGGCCUCGAAGGACGAGCGGCGCGGCAAGGGCGCCCGGCGGAAAGGCGGGGCCGGGGGCAAGGCUGGGCAGGUGUCCCCCCUGUAUACUGGCCCCGAUGCCCUUGAGGCCGCGGCGGCCGCGCGGGACGGCUCCGCCUCGGCGCGCGUCGCCCAGGCCGCCGCCAACAUAGCGUGGGCCCACGCGCGCACGCGGCGGACGCCGCGCGAUCUGGCGGCCGCGCUGAGCGAGUGGCUGCUGGCCGGCGGCGCAGCGCACCUCAACCCACGGGAGCUGUCUAUGCUUGCUUACACGGCCUCCCGCUGGGGUCGGCCGCGCUACAGCAGCGGCAGCAGUGGCAGCGGCCGUGGGUUUGUCGUUGGCGGCAGCAGCGGCGGCGGCGGUGGCGGCGGCGCGGCGCUGCCGGAGGCCGCGAUAUCUGCGCUGCUCGACACAGCUGCCGGGAAGCUGUGGCAGUUCAGCGCCGACGAGCUGAACGGGCUGAUGCGGGCGGCGGGGCUGCUGCACGUGCAGCACCCGGCGCUGCUGGCGGCGCUGGUCAAACAGCUUGACCACCCCGAGGCCGCCGCCGCCGCCAAGCCGGCCGCGCUGUCCGCUGCGCUGUCUGCCGGUGCGCGCGCCGGUGGCGACGGCGGGCGCGCGCUGAUGCGCGCGGCCGCGGCGGCGGUGGCGGCUGGGCCGCGCGCGUUCACAGCGGGGGAGGCGGCGAGUGUGUUGUGGGCGGCGGCGGCGAUGGGGGUGGAGGAUGACGCGUUCUAUGCGGCGGCGCUGGCGCGAGUGCAGGAGUCCCUUGCCGACUGCGGCCCGCCCGACAUCGCGCGCGCGCUGCUUGGCGCAUGCGGCGCCCGCGACGCGCCCGCUCGCGCGCGGCUCGCCGCCGCGGCCGCCCCGGCCGCCGCGGCGCGUGCGGGGUCGUUCUCGGCGCGCGACGCGGCGGCGGUGCUGCGGCUCGGCGCCGCUGCAGCAGCGCUGGGCGCUGCCCUGAUUGACCUCUGGAAGGCGGGCGGCGCGCAGCGGUCUGAGGUGGCCGACGCAGCAGCGUCCCUGGAGGUCCUGUGUGGCGCGGCGCACACAGCGUCGGUCGCGCUGAGGGCCGCCGCGGGCGGCGCCGGCGGUGCGGGCAACGCGGGCGGCGCGGGCGGCACGGCGGCGCAGCCGCAGCAGUAG